AUGAGGAAAUAUUCAGUUAGUUGGUAUACGCUUCUCUUGCUGGUCCUUUACUGUGGUGGCCAGUUGAUUGAUUCCUGUCAGAGCAUUGAACAACGUUUCAAGUUUCCCAAUAGCGAUGUCUAUGUGAGACUUCGUCGCGGUGAACAGCUACAAUAUGAGCUAAUGAAGGGCAGUGUAAGUGUACAGACAGUGACAUUGGAUACAUUUGUUAGCUCUGGAGACUUGGAAUUGACUUCAACGGGUGGCUAUAAGCUUACCUCGGAUGUUGACUCAACAAGCAUAGAGUUCUCCCUGGUCAGAUCGGAGGUGGUUAGUGGCACCGGCAGCGAAGUUACCCAUGUGCGCAUAGCCAGAAGUGAAAUUGUCUUGGGUACCCAGCCCACAGAUUGCUUUGAUCUGCAACAGAAGCAUCUGCAUUGGUUCAGUGGUCCCGAGCAGAAGAAUCAAUAUUGGCCAGUUCAAAGGCAAGAGCACAACAAUUACUCGUAUGUGCCCAAGGAAUACGAUAAUUGUGCCAUCACAGAACGCUAUUGGCUCAACUCUGCAGGUGUUAUCAUCUAUGUGGAGGACAGUGUGCCUCUGUUUCUGGAGCAGAAUACAGCUGCGCAUCAGCAUCAACUAUGCUUAAGAGCAAAUCGCGCUUUGCCCUACGAUUAUCGUUCCACGACGGCGAAUUUCGUCUAUCACAUUGCGGUGGCAAAGGAUGCCAAGGCUGCUCAUCGGUAUGCGGUGAAAACAUUUUUGGGCAAACCCACAGGAAUACCAGAUGAACGGAUGAUUAAGCACCCUGUUUGGUCCACAUGGGCGCUGUAUAAGACCUCCGUUUCUGAUGAGAUCGUGAGGGAAUUCGCCAAAAAUAUUAUUGAUAAUGGUUUUAAUAAUAGUCAAAUCGAAAUCGAUGACGAUUGGGAGGAUUGUUAUGGCGCUUUGACAUUCCGCAAAAGUAAAUUUCCCAAUACGAAGCAAUUGACAGACGAUCUCAAAGAGAUGGGCUUCCGGACUACUUUAUGGAUUCAUCCUUUCAUCAAUAUCGAUUGCGAAGCUGCCUAUGCAGAGGCCAAGGAGUUGGGUCAUGUGGUUGUCAAUCAUGAUGGCAAUCCAGAGACUCGUUGGUGGAAUAGUGAUACGGAUCAGGCCCUUGCCAUUGAUUUUACCAAGCCGGCAGCAGCUGAAUGGUUUAUACAGCGUUUAAGACGUUUGCAGGAGGAAGAUGGCAUUGAUAAUUUCAAGUUUGAUGCCGGCGAGACAAGUUACUUGCCCAGCGAUCCUUCCUUCGAGGAUACAGAUGAGGGAGAAAUUUCUCCCUUGCAAUAUACCAAAGCCUAUGUUCGUGCAGUGUCGACAUUUGGUAAAUUUCUGGAAAUUCGCUCAGGUCAGGGAACUCAGGAAUUACCCGUUUUCGUUCGCAUUGUGGAUAAGGAUUCGAAUUGGGGAUGGAACAAUGGUUUGCUUACUCUAAUCACUACGCUCCUGCAAAUGAACUUAAAUGGUUAUCCCUUUGUUCUACCGGAUAUGAUCGGUGGUAAUGGCUAUGCCGAAGGACCACCAAACAAGGAGCUCUACUUGCGUUGGCUUCAAGCCAAUGUGUUCAUGCCAGCUCUCCAGUUCUCCUAUGUCCCAUGGAAUUUCGAUGAUGAAGCUAUAGAGAUUAGCAAAAAAUUCACCGAUAUGCAUGCGGAAUAUGCUCCAUAUAUAGUUAGGCUAUUUAAGCGAGCUGUCGAGACGGGAGAACCAGUGAAUGUUCCUCUCUGGUGGUUGGAUCCCGAAGAUGAAGUGGCUCAAGGCAUUUUCGAUGAGUUCCUUUUGGGUGAUGAUAUUUUGGCUGCUCCGGUUGUCGUGCAGGGGGCCACCAAACGUGAUGUUUAUUUGCCCGAGGGACAAUGGAACAAUGGUAACGCCAUGCAUGAGCUCUACAAUGGUCCCAUUUGGCUAAUGGACUAUUCAGCUCCUUUGGACACAUUGCCUUUCUUUGUGCGUGUGGGUUUCAAAAUCGAUGAAGAUCAGGAUUGAGAAUCACCCGUGAAAAUUCUUAUUAUAUGAUCCUCUAAAGAAAUAUAUUCAUUUUUGUCGACCAUACUAACAAUUUUGUAUAAUUCAUAUAAAUAAGACAGUUUAUUUAG